AUUAAAUAAAACAAGUUGAUUUGGGACUUUAAAUUUGCAAAAUAAAAAUUCCAUGCAAUCCUUUUUAUGAAAUAAUAUCCUUUUAUUUUCUAUUGCUAAUAUAAAAUGAGGGAAUACAAACUAGUUGUUUUAGGAAGUGGAGGUGUCGGAAAAUCUGCAUUGACCGUUCAAUUCGUGCAGGGCAUAUUUGUAGAAAAGUAUGAUCCCACUAUCGAGGAUAGCUAUAGGAAGCAGGUCGAAGUCGAGGGCCAACAAUGCAUGUUGGAAAUCCUGGAUACAGCUGGUACCGAACAAUUUACGGCUAUGAGAGACUUGUACAUGAAAAACGGUCAAGGUUUUGUUCUCGUUUAUUCCGUCACCGCCCAGUCCACGUUCAACGAUUUAGAAGACCUUAGGGAGCAAAUACUCAGGGUCAAGGAUACUGAAGAUGUUCCCAUGAUAUUAGUAGGCAACAAGUGCGAUCUAGAGGACGAGAGGGUUGUCGGGCGGGAACAGGGUCAAAGUUUGGCUAAAAGAUUCGGUAAUUGCGCUUUCCUCGAGUCCUCGGCUAAAUCCAAAAUCAACGUCAACGAAAUAUUUUACGAUUUAGUGAGGCAAAUUAACAGGAAACACCCCGAACAAACCAAAAAACGUGUCAAAAAGCGGUCACUCUGUCAAAUUUUAUGAGGAACUCGAUUAUACGUCGAAAUUAGAUAAAUAUUAAUUUAAGCACGAGAAUAGCGGGUGAAAAAAAAUAAUUCUUAUAAAAAUUGUAAUAAAUGAUUUGAAUGUUUUUUUUUAAGUUUAAAUAUUUGAAAAGUAGCCUAACGUAUAAAGGAGCUUAUAUUUUAUUUUGGUCCAUUAUUUAAAAAAGUAUACAUUUGUACUAUAAUUAAAUAAUCUUAUUUUUUUUUGUAUUAUACAUAUUUUUCUCGUGGUUUUUAUAUAAAAAUAUCAUAUCCCCCCUCAGUAUAAUAAUUGAUAUGUUUUACCCCAUUUUUUUUAGAUCGAAUUAAAUCCCCAAGUCAAGUAUACAUCUGUCCUGAAUGCUCAAUUUUUAUUUGUUCUCUCCAAAAAAAAUAAAAUAAUUAUAAACAAUUUUCAACGCAAUUAGACCUAUUUAAGUACAAACAAAGAUAUCUCGCUCUUAUACCAAAUAAUUUCCUUAUAAUAAUAUAAUAUCAUUUUUUUACACGACUCUAUAGUUUAUAUUAUUUAUUUAUGCUUAUUUUAUCGGAAUAAGGUCUAAUUAAACAAGCUGAUUAAAAAAAAAACAACUUUUCUUUGAUAAUAAAGUGUGCUAAGAUACCAGCUGUCUAACAAACAAUUUUCGACAGGAUGUGCAUCCUGUAACAUUGCUCCAGGAGUAAAGUUGAAAAUGAAGCAGCUUUAUUCGUUAACGUAAACACUUCUUUUAAGUUAGUCAAUUUUUCGUGGUUUAAAAAUAUAAAUUAUUUUACUACUUUUUUCCUCCUUUUUUGCGAAUUAAGUAACUAAAAUGUGCAUCUCACCACCAUACUUUUAUACUUACAUAUUAUUAUUUAUUUUUUUUAGAACAAACAUUUUUAUACAUUUUUUCGUUUGUUAAUUUUUAUUCAAACUUGAGCUAAAUUCUUGGUGUAAGAAAAAGGCUGAGAAAUUAAGAUAUCAUGAUUUCUAUUUUCUCUAUUCUUCUUUGUUAGAAUUUUACUUUCCCAUAUAUAAGAGGGGGGGGUGGUUGGUUAUGUCUUCAGAAGUUAUUAUAAUUUUGCGAAAUUUUAAUGCUUGCAAAGAAAGGCUAAGUAGUAUUUAAUUUUUUAAAAACCCCAAAUAUUAACCUGAACAAAAGAAAAUUUUUAGAAGAUAUUUUAUAUAUAUAUAUUUAAAUUCUUUAUUAUUUGAAUUAUUAUUAUUUAAUCCUUUUCACAAACAGAAUCAUCGAUUAUUAUUUUAAUUUUUAAUUAUAACCCUUCCCCCUCCCCCUUUUUAUAUCCAAUCAUGUAAGAAUAUUUAUUA